CUCGCUGCUAUCGUUGUUAUCGUUGCUGUCAUCACCCUAAAACGGUCGAUGGUGAGUAAGACUCGCUCAGCCUCCAUUUGGGAAUAGAAUUAGUUCUAUUGCUUUGGGCGUGCGCUGCUGGCGGCAGCAGAGUUCCCAGACUUCCAUUCAUCUCACGAAGCGCUCAAGAUGUUCGCUACUAUUGCAGCACUCGGCGUCGUCUCCCUGCUUACACCUGGAGCGUACGCACAAGCCACGAACUCGACCAGCGAACGAUAUGUGGUCUGGUCUAGUGUCGUCUUCACACGUACUGGAGAGCGGACGCCAGAAGUACUGGGCAAAAUACCUCCACAACUUACCUCACUUGGUGCUCAACAAGCCUAUGCGGCAGGUCAAUUCUUCCGUGAUCGCUACACCCUUCUUCGUAAUGGCACCAAUGGAGCCGAGAAUGCCGGUGCUGAACUCAUCGGACUGAACGCCAAUCUGUACGAUCAGGACCAAGUCAUCUCCAUGGCACUCGAGCAGCAGUAUAACAUGGCAACGCAGCAGGCAUUCAUGCAAGGCCUGUACCCUCCCACCGAUCUAGGAAACAGCAGUACGACGGGUGGUCUCCUCAGUCCGAUCAAUAUCCUUGCGAAUGGAUCAUAUGUCUCGGCCCCACUAGGUGGCUACCAAUACCCGCAGCUCAGAUCUGCUGGUCCUCUCGAUGCGGACUUUGUUUCCCUCUCUGGCCACCUCAACUGCCCAGCAUGGGAAGAGUCAAUCAAGUUGGCCAGGGCAACGCCAUCCUACGAUGGUACGCAAGAGGAGUUUGAUGGGCUGUACGACGUUGCUGGCAGUGCAACUCUGAUUGGAGUUCUCCCCAACAACUACUGGGACUAUAACAACGCCUAUGCCAUCUAUGACUAUCUCGCCUAUCAGAAUGCACACAACGCCACCGUACGAAAUGCGCUUGCAGGUCUCCGCUGGACGAGUUCCAACGUCAGCUUCCUCGACACUCUGCGCUACCUUUCCGAUCAGCAACAAUUCGCCAUGUUGGGAAACUUGAGUGCACUAAAUGUCUUCCAGAAUAAGCACACCCUAACAGGCGCAUCCGGGAGUAUUUCGACCAUCGCAGGAAAUACCUUCGCCGCUCGCGUUCUGAACUCGCUCAACUCGGCUGUGAUGGACGCCGCAUUUGGCCGCUACAAGCUCAAUCUCUUCUUCGCCGACUACCACCCCCUGACCUCAUUCUUCUCUCUCAUGGGCCUUCCCAAUCUCAACUCGGAUUUCUACGGAACUCCCAACUUCGCCUCAUCGGCAGCAUUUGAGCUCUUCAGCUACACCAACGAAACCGACCCCAAAUUCCCUAGUACCGACGAUCUCUGGGUUCGAUUCUACUUCCGCAACGGGACCGAAGGUAGCGAAAGCACGUAUCGAGCGUACUCGCUCUUCAAUCGAGGACCAGAUCAAUUGGACAUGCGCUGGACAGACUUUAGCUAUUCCAUGCAAAACAACAUGAUGGCCGGCAUCGGCAAUUGGUGCAACGAGUGCCACUCCACCAGCUUCUUCUGCGCCGCAUUCGACCAAAACGGAAACGAAGUCAGCGCCGACUCCCGCAACUCAUCUUCCUCCCGCAACGGCAGCGGCAGCGGAGGUCUCAGUCCCGCAGUCGCAGGCGUCAUCGGCGCCAUCAUCGCUCUCGUCGUCGCAGCUCUCAUUUUCGCUCUCACCAUGCUCUUCGGAGGAAUCAGACUCUACCGCAAUCCUUCCAAUACCAUGGCCGCACAUAAAAGCCAUUGGGGAGGUUUCAAAGGCGGCCAGAAAAUGCAAAGUGAUCAAGAUCUCACCAUUCCCAAAGGUGGCGCCAUUGUCGUCGGUGCUUCUGCUGUGAAUAAUGAUGAAGAACAGGACUCACGCCGAGUUCCAGGAGGAGGUGGUGGACAUGAACGAGUGGGGAGUUGGGAACUCAAACAUGCUGAAGCUGGUGGUAGGAAUUUGAAUUUCCCGGAGCAGCCACAGCAGCAGGAAAGUCUGAGACCGAGUAUGGAAGAGAUUCGACAUGCUCAUGAUCAUGAUGAUCCUUUUGCUGAUCCGAGUGGUUUGAAACCUACGCAGACGAGGGAGCAUGUGUAAGGUCUGUCUGUAGGUACAGGUAGUGAGAAGGGGGAGUGGGGGUAACCUGCCUGUCUAAAUCCACCUGCACUGCUGCUGCUGCUGUUGCUGCUACUGCUGCGCUCAUCGAACAUAAUGGACGAUGGACGAUGGACGAUGAACGAAAUAUACGAAUAUACGAAAGAAGAAAAGAAGAAGUUUCCCACAUCUAGGCACGGCGAGAUGAGAAGAGAUGAAUUCCAUGAGUGAAGGAGAUAAGAGGCAAUUCUAUUCUUUUUGAAAGAGAGGGAGGGGAUAAGAAGAGAGGUAAGGUACAUUACCUACCUUACUUUGUACAUAUCGAUUUUUUGCCUUUUUUUUUCGAGAUACCCGUUUACAUACCUAUAUAUGCAUAUGCAUAUAUGAAGUACAUGAUGAU